AUGCAGCUCAACCCGAGGCAGCGUAUUAAAAUAGCUUUCCGGCUCUGGAUCCCUAUUUUGGUGUUGCGGAUAGUUGCGGCAGUGAUCCCAGACUACAUGAGUGGGCAAGCUUAUUUUGAUGUGGCUGAUCAAUCUGGCAUGGUGUUAAUGGUGCUGUGGGGCUCUUUAUGCCCUGAAUGGUAUCACAGUAUGAAAAUCGGCACAGUGCUGCUGCUUGAAAAAUAUGCUGUUAAAAAAAGUUUAUCUUCUAACAUGCAGUCAAGAUCUGAAGAUUUGCACAUGAGGAGAUUUAGUUCAAUAGAAAUAGCUUUGAACGUUCGAGACCCUCCAGCUAAAAUUAACAUCAUUCCAGAACAUAAAAUUAAACCAGAAUGGAAGUUACCCGAAGUUGAAUAUCAUUUGUUGAUGAGGCUCUGCCACCCCUGUCUGCACGUCCCUGGGGAGAGCCAAAUUCUCAGGUCCGAAUUGGAUAACUUAGCACAAAAUCAGUUUUGUGAUAUCAUUGGACUUGUACAGUAUGUUGGACGGGUUGAGCGCAAGAAGAAAAAAGGUUAUAUGGAUGACUUUUGGACAUAUCGCUGGGUACAUGUUAUUGAUGGGACCUCAGAGCAGCCUUUUAUAAUGGAAUUGUUUUCCACAUCUCAGCCAGAUGUGUUUGAGAAAAUUUACCCAAUGACCUACUUGGUAUGUACCCAGAUGAGAGUGGAAAAAAAUGUUUCCGAGAAUGGCUCCAGUACAUCCUAUUUAACAACAUCUAUGAAAACUCAAAUGUUCAUUACAGGAUGGCAUAAGGACCAGCCAUAUAUAAAAGACCCGAAAGUGCAAAACUUUAUCCAGUGGGUGAGAAGGCAAGAGGAAGCUUUUCACGUGGACAAAGUCUUCAUUGGGGGAUACUAUCGUUUCCCGCCACUCCCAAGUACAUUUGCAGAAUAUUGCAAAAAUAUGAAUGAAGAAUUGGUUUUGAUAUCCAUCAGUAAAAUUGAGAAGGAGAUUGACAGUUUGCACUACAGGGAACAGAAGCGCAUUGCUUUUCAAGGGAUAAUUAGUGCUAUAAGAUGUGUCAGCUGCAGCAGUACCUCCCAGGAUGCAGUGGGAGAAUUGGCAAUGCAGAUCGAGAAAAUGCCACCAACCUCUUCGUCACAACACCAGCAAGCAAGAGAAUCAACUUCUAAAGCGAGGUCACCAUCUCUAGCGCAACAAACUAUAGUGACCAGGAGUUUUGCAAAGAGACAGAUUUCAGCUGCAGAGACCACAAAUCACCCUCCUGUGUCUUCUCAGCAUUCAUAUUUGACAAGGUCAAGCAAAAGAAGAAGGUUGUCCAAUUUUCAGCAAGAUAAUUCUGACGCCAACAAAGACAAUACAGAAGUGGUGGAAACAGCACAGACGCACCAAACAGGUGACAAAGAAGUAGCUGAUGGAUCUGGAAAAGGUCACCCACAAAGGAUGUGCCACAGCUCCUGGGAAAGUCUUCGCUGGACCGCCGUAAAAGAGACAUUAGCACAGCACUUGAACUUCAGCAAGAUUUUCCCAGAAAGCUUCCCUUGGAAAUUUAAUUAUGCCCACAAAGAAGCCCUGAUGAAGAAAUGCAAUCUUCAAGCAGCCCAGUUCCAGCCAGAAAAAUGCCUGGCGAGUGGAGAAAUUAGUCACUUGAAAAGUAACCAUCUCCAAUAUUAUCAAGUGACUAUUCUUGGCGUAAAUAAUGAAACAGCUGUAGACGUUGCCCUCCUGAAAGACUCUUCCUUAUUUCAAGUCAAAGAGACACCACAAAAUGCAGCACCUUCUCACAGAAACAGUUCUACACCUUGCCAGGAGACCAUUAACCAAGAAGGACUUUUUGAGUCACUUCCAGAUGAUCUCAAAGCUGCUGCCCUGGAGAACCAACGUGUUGUCUGCAUCCUGGAUGUUUGUUCUCUGGAUAACAACCAAGCCGAAGUCUUGCUUAGGAAAAUAUAUAAGAUAACAGAAGUUGACGUUGUAAACCAAAAACAAAUAAAUGUAUUGUAAACCAAGAAGAGAGUGUUUUUCUCCUGCUAUGCUAUCCGCGAUUUGGAUAUUUUAGCAGCGGUUAAGGAAAGUUUUUGGUUCUUUCGUACUCGAAUUUUGCAGAAGUGUUUUGAUAGAUGCUUGCCUCUCAAAUCAGAGGUUUUUUUGGCAACAAGUACUGCACACGUAUUGCUUUCUUAACCUUUGUUUAAGUUUAAAGUAGCAAAAGAUAAGCCACCAAUGCAUCCGAUAGUCAGAUCCUGUUCUAUGGUAAAUGAAGAUCGUACAUGAGAAGACUGUGGCUCUUUUGCUUCUUAUCUCUGCUUUCUAGGUGACGGAAUUUGGUCUGAUUAGGAAAAGUUUGUCGCCGGGAGUGAAGGUCUUUAGUUAGAAUAGGGCAAUCCAGCAGCAGCAGCGUGGUCUCCCUCAAAAGUUCCCCCCGUUAAAUCAUCUUUCAUCAACGGUCUGCAGAAGGCUUGGAUGAAGGAGGAAGGGAAGCCACCAGGACAGGGUUUGUAUUUUGAGCUUGUGUGUGGAGCCUGCACAAAUGCUGCAGUGGGGGAAGUGUGUCAUUGCCGUAAUCAAGCCUCUUAGAUUUGCUGUGUCAACUCUGGAUCAUGAUUACAUUGCCAGCUGAUCAUUAUACGGUUGCGGCCUCUUCCGCAGAUGAUGAGCCGUGGAGGGGGUGGGGAGGAACACUCCAAUCAGAAGUCGUAAUUUUGGGGUUUUGUUACGGAAUGGAAAUGAAGUAGAACUGCUGCAUCGGGUGCAGAAGUGCCGGCAAAGGGCAAA